GUACCCGGUGUGUACAAGUGUUCAGGUAUCUCACCUCUGCUGGAACACAAGCAACCGUACAAACCCCAAAAGCCUUAAAAACACCGAAAACCAUGGGAGGUGCGCAGAGUGUGGAGAUACCGGGAGGAGGCUCUGAGGGCUACCACGUCCUCCGGGUUCAAGAGAACUCACCUGGACACCGAGCAGGACUGGAGCCUUUCUUUGACUUCAUCGUCUCCAUCAAUAACACCAGACUGAACAAGGACAACGACACCUUGAAAGACCUGCUGAAAGCCAGUGUGGAGAAACCGGUCAAGAUGCUGGUCUACUCCUCAAAGACCCUGGAGCUGCGGGAGUCCACGGUCACACCCAGCAACCUGUGGGGGGGUCAGGGCUUGCUUGGUGUCUCGAUUCGUUUUUGUAGCUUCGAGGGAGCCAAUGAGAAUGUUUGGCAUGUUUUGGAAGUAGAGCCUAAUUCCCCGGCAGCCCUUGCCGGCUUGCGGCCGCACACUGACUACAUCAUCGGAGCUGACACUGUUAUGAAUGAGUCAGAGGACCUGUUCUCUCUGAUAGAGAGCCACGAGGGGAAGGGCCUGAAGCUGUAUGUGUACAACACAGACACAGACAACUGCAGAGAGGUGGUCAUCACACCUAACACUGCCUGGGGAGGAGAGGGCAGCCUUGGAUGUGGGAUUGGCUACGGAUACCUCCACCGGAUCCCCACCCGGCCUUUUGAGGAGGGCAAGAAGAUCAGCUUCCCUGGAAACUCUCCCAGCGAGCCCGUCAGUCCGUUGAAGGAUGGAUUCACUGAGGUCCAGCUUUCAGCAGUGACCCCUCCUCCUACUGCACCUGUUGUCCCCUCCGGCCUUGAAGAUUCACUGUCUGGCCUGUCAAUCAGCACAGCCCCACCCACCAUGCCCAGUGAGCUGCAGACAGGUAUGCCCACAGUCCCUCUGCUCCCCUCCACCUCCAGCCCCUCCCUCAGUCCGCUCACUCCACUGAAUCCUGCCACCACCACCUUCAACCCCGCCACCACGCUACCAGGUCUGAUGCCCCUCCCAGCUGGCUUACCUCCAUUACCGAACCUCCCCAACCUCAACCUGCCACUCCCAGACCUCAGUGCCAUGUCACUAGCAGGCACCAGCACCUUACCAGUUACAGCAGGAAUGCCAGGAGUGCCAUCUCUGGCAUCUCUCCCUCCCCUCAACCUGCCAGGUCUGGCCCCAUUGCCCCCUCUGCCCACAAUGCUUCCCUCUCAGCUGCCUCCACUCCUGCCCCAGGGAGUGGCCCCCAUCCUGCCCACCUCCACCGCCCCCCUAGCCUCGGUCACAGUCACGGCGGCGCCCGUGACCGAGCCCGCCGCAGACACCGCAGCCCCCACGGAAGCCGUCUCGGAAGCACAAGCCCCCACGGAAACAACACUAUCGUCGUCGUAAACUUGGGAAAGAACAACCCGCUUGCCAUCAAACCAAAACACACACCCGGUUUCUCUCUUUCUAACCCCGUCUGUCUUUCUCUUUGUUUUUUUUCCUAUUUAUUUGGCCAAGAGGGACAGGCAGACAGCUGCACCAGUUCAGACAGCAAGGUCCACAUGUUCCAGGUAUGGGUGAGGGGAGGGGGGGCUUGUUUGAAGCAAUGAAGGAUGAAUGGAUAUGAAGAACGGAGGACGGAUGUGGAGUGAUCUUACCAACAUGUCUUUAUUACCAGAUCGAUAUAUUACAGAGGAGCUGGUGGCAGCUCGCCUUAGCUACUGUAUGAGGAGGACGAGGUCUACUCUUCGGUUUUGUAGUACGCUUCGCACCUCCACAGGUGCAACAAGGCAAAGAACUAUCCUACUAUCUUAGGAUUUUCACCUUUUCCGAUGUGGCAAUCCUCUCUGUUUCACAUAACUUUUUUUUAUAUAUAAACAGUGUAUGUUUAUGGGGCUGGACGAUACACCGAAUUUACUAAAUUACCCACAUCGUGAAUCCUGUUCAAAUAAAGUAAGAAAAGCUACAACUAUAAAUGACGACAAGUAGAUGUUUAACCAAUCAGCUCACAGUCCAGUCUAGAAGUCUUUUAACUGGUAACACUGGAAUAAAUCAGGACAAAGGUAACAGAGGUGGACUAACACAGUAAUAUAAGUAUCAUGCACUGCUGUAUUGGAUUCAUUGUAAUUAAGGUAAAUAUGAAUUUAUCAUUAUAUAGAUUCUGGGUUGUAUCAUCCAGCCCUCGUGUAUAACCUUUUAUUAGUUAGUUGACCCCUGACCAAUAGAUACAUUUGAUUGACAUGUAUUAAUUUUCUUUGUUGAAUUUACUGUAUGUGUCCCCCACCCAGUAAAUGAAUCUGCAUUAUUUUGCACCACCUUUUUGUGUUUUGAAAUGAUUAGUUUUUUGUCUGUCCCUUUUUGUAUGUCUUCACAUUAUAUCCUGAACUCUACAGUACCCGUCUGUCUCCACCACACACAGCCGGUAACAACCCAAACGCCAUGCCAGAAGGGACGGAGGUAUACAGUUACAUGAGAUACUUAGCGGGGUGUGUGCUUGCUGUUGGGUGAUUUAGUAGGUAGGGGGGAAAACAUGGGUGCAGGUUUAUUAAAUACACAGUACGUCUCCCUCUGGCAUGGCCCGAAGCGAACUGGUAGGCAGAGUCGCAGCGACGUCGUACAGCCACAAGAUGUCGCUGUAAGAACUUACCGAAAACAUUUCCAGUAUGCACAGUGCGAGCAAUAAAGCCAAAUGAAUUUUA